GCAUGGACUUGUAGCAUUGACGCCAGUCUCUCUCUCUCUCUCUGUCUGCUGUCUCCGAGGACCGGGGCAGUCAGCCGAGGAAGGAACACCCAUGAAAAAUGAUGCAUCAUGGAAGCUGAUCAUCUAAACUUUGAUCAACAAUUUCAUGUCGGGGACAGUGACAGCAUGGGAGGCAGCAAAGUCGAGGAGAUAACAGACUGACGCUAAUGAAAAAGAGCCUCCCUCUCCCUUUUUUCUGUUGUGAAUGUUUGACUCUUCUGUUCGUGGACGAUACACGCCCCUGAAAGACCUGGAGGACGGGACGACAGUGUGUGUUGUGAUGCUUCUUUUCCAUUUCUUUUCUGCUGUCAGUUUUGGUUUCUCCAGCAAGAUCCGUGCUAUCCCAGAAUGGCUCGCUUUGAAGACGAACUGUCCAGCCGCUAUGGAGGCAGCUGUCCCGCGGGUCCGGCCAGAGGGGCCAGCCGACAGCCGGGGCCUCCGGGGGGCCAGAGGAUGUACAAGCAGACGAUGGCCCAGAGAGCGAGGACCAUGGCCAUUUACAACCCCAUUCCAGUCAAACAGAACUGCCUCACCGUUAACCGCUCUCUGUUCAUCUUCAGUGAGGACAACAUCAUACGGAAAUAUGCCAAAAAGAUCACCGAAUGGCCUCCAUUUGAGUACAUGAUCCUGGCCACCAUUAUAGCAAACUGCAUUGUGCUGGCUCUGGAGCAACACUUACCGGCCUUAGACAAAACACCGAUGUCAGAGCGUUUGGAUGACACGGAGCCCUACUUUAUUGGAAUAUUUUGUUUUGAGGCUGGCAUCAAGAUCAUCGCCCUGGGCUUUGCCUUUCACAAAGGCUCCUACCUACGUAAUGGCUGGAAUGUAAUGGACUUUGUGGUGGUCCUAACAGGGAUCCUGGCCACUGUGGGGGCUGAUUUUGAUCUGAGAACGCUGAGGGCGGUGAGAGUACUGCGGCCUCUCAAACUGGUCUCUGGCAUUCCAAGUCUUCAGGUGGUUUUAAAGUCCAUUAUGAAAGCCAUGGUACCUCUGCUGCAGAUUGGCCUUCUGCUCUUCUUUGCCAUCCUCAUGUUCGCCAUCAUCGGCCUCGACUUCUACAUGGGCAAGUUCCAUCGCACCUGCUUCAGGAUGGACACAGGCGAGCAGGCAGAAGAGUUUCCAUGUGGCCUGGAGGCUCCGGCGAGGACCUGUGCUAACGGUACCGAGUGUAAGGAGUACUGGAUCGGACCCAACUUUGGCAUCACCAACUUUGACAACAUCCUCUUCGCUGUUCUCACCGUUUUCCAGUGCAUCACCAUGGAGGGAUGGGUGGACAUCCUCUACAACGCCAACGAUGCCUCAGGGAACACAUGGAACUGGCUGUACUUCAUCCCCCUCAUCAUCAUCGGUUCCUUCUUCAUGCUCAAUCUGGUGCUAGGCGUGCUGUCAGGGGAGUUCGCUAAGGAGAGAGAACGGGUGGAGAAGAGGCAAGAAUUCCUGAAGCUCCGCAGACAACAGCAAAUAGAGAGAGAGUUAACAGGAUACCUGGAGUGGAUCUGUAAAGCAGAGGAGGUGAUGCUGGCUGAAGAAGACAAGAAUGCAGAGGAGAAAUCUGUGGAUGGAGCUUGGUACAAACGAAAACAGAACAACUCUGUGCUGAAAAGGACGAAGAAGAGUAAGAAUGACCUCAUCAAUGCAGAGGAAGGCGAGGACCACUUCACUGACAUCUCAUCUGUUGGGUCGCCGUUUGCCCGGGCCAGCGUGAAGAGCAAGAACGAGAGCUCGUCUUACUUCAGGAGGAAAGAGAAGAGGAUUCGCUUCACCAUCCGUCGUCUGGUCAAGUCCCAGAGCUUCUACUGGACUGUGCUGUGUCUGGUUGGCCUCAACACAUUGUGUGUGGCCAUAGUGCACUAUGACCAGCCGGAGUGGCUCACCUACGCACUAUACUUGGCUGAGUUUGUAUUCCUGGGCCUGUUUCUGGCAGAGAUGUCCAUGAAAAUGUACGGCCUCGGACCCCAGAACUACUUCCACUCCUCGUUCAACUGUUUUGACUUUGGCGUGAUUAUUGGCAGUAUUUUUGAGGUGAUCUGGGCUGCCAUCAAACCUGGGGCCUCAUUUGGGAUUAGUGUCCUGCGAGCUCUGAGACUGCUCAGGAUCUUCAAAGUCACUAAGUACUGGAACUCUUUGAGGAACCUGGUGGUAUCUCUGCUCAACUCCAUGAAGUCUAUCAUCAGCCUGUUGUUCCUCCUCUUCCUCUUCAUCGUGGUCUUCGCUCUGCUGGGCAUGCAGCUGUUUGGUGGCCAGUUUAAUUUUGAAGACGAAACGCCGACAACUAACUUUGACACGUUCCCAGCAGCCAUUCUCACCGUCUUCCAGAUCUUAACUGGGGAAGACUGGAACGCAGUCAUGUACCACGGCAUCGAGUCGCAGGGGGGCGUUCAUGGGGGAAUGUUCUCCUCCAUUUAUUUCAUCGUUCUCACUCUCUUUGGAAACUACACACUCCUCAACGUGUUCUUGGCCAUCGCUGUUGAUAACCUUGCAAAUGCCCAGGAGCUCACUAAGGAUGAGGAAGAGCAGGAGGAGGCCAUCAAUAAGAAACUCGCCCUCCAGAAGGCCAAGGAGGUAAAGGAGGUCAGCCCCAUGUCAGCCGCUAACAUUUCCAUCACAGCUUUUCUAACACGCAGUCGAGGUAACGCGCAUUCUAGCAGCUCAUCCAUCUGCAGCGUUAACUCACUUAAGGAGCAGCAGAAGUCAAUGAAGACAAUGUCGGUGUGGGAGCAGAGGGCCAACCAGCUGAGGAGGCAGAACCGGGCGAGCUGUGAGGCCCUGUACAGUGAACUGGAGCCUGAGGAGCGCCUCCGUCUGUCCUCGGCCCCCCACAAGACCCACCAUGACCGGCCACUGCUUGUCGAGCCCUGCGACGGGCCUAUGCUGGGCGGCCACCAGCACCACCAUCAUAAGCCCUGCAUGCCAGAGGAGGGUGAAACUGCCGCCGACCCUCCUGUGCCUCACCAGCCUCGUCGCCACCACCGCCACAGAGACAGGGGCCGCACCAGAAAUAAAGAGGAGACAAAUGAUAACGGUGACACUGGUGGGAGACACCACGUCCAUCACAGUCGCUCCAAAGAUUAUGAUGGCAGUCGGGGCAAAGAGGGGAAGAGCGAGAGAUCCCGCAGCCGAGAGGGAGGCAGGAGGCAUCACCAUCAGAGCUCGGUGGAUGACAGCGGAGGUGGAGGAGUCACGAGCGAGAGAGAGCAUCGCCAUCAUCACUCACACCGGCAGUCCCGAGGGGGCAACGGGACAGUGAACAGUGGAGGGAGGGGAGAGCGAAGAUCCCGGCACAAAGAUGGACGUUCUUCUCACAGGGAUGGGGACAGGAGUUCCAGGGGAGACAGCGGCGCCAAUGGAGAGAGGAGGAGACAUCGGACUCAUGGAUCCAGGGGCCAAUCCACAGUUGAGGGAGAGGAGUCCAACGAAAGAGAGAAGACUCAUGGUCACAGGGACAGGUUUGGUGACUCAGAGGGGGAGUCCCUAGCCAUCUCCCCUCAGCAGGACUCUAAGGGGGCCAACUGGCCUCCUGACGGACCAGAGGACUCAGACAACCAGCGGAAUGUCCAACGAACUGGCCGAAGCUCCAUCCAAAUUCCUCCUGUGACUAUCACCUCCCCACCUGGAGAGACCACCCUCAUACAAAUGAACAGUAUUGACUGUGAGACAAUGCCCAUGAAUGAGAAGACCCUGGAGGACCUCGGUCAAAGUGGUCCCAAACCCAUCCUGCCUUACAGUUCUAUGUUCAUCUUUGGACAGACCAAUCCGGUGAGGCGGUUGUGUCACUACAUUGUGACCCUGCGUUAUUUUGAGAUGUCCAUCCUGGUUGUCAUAGCUAUGAGCAGCAUCGCUUUAGCAGCAGAGGACCCUGUCUGGACAAAUGCCCCUCGCAACAAUGUGCUCAAAUAUCUGGACUACGCCUUCACUGGUGUUUUCACUUUUGAAAUGGUGAUAAAGAUGGUGGACUUGGGCCUGCUGCUUCAUCCUGGAUCCUACUUCAGAGACCUGUGGAACAUUCUGGACUUCAUAGUGGUCAGUGGGGCGCUGGUGGCUUUUGCUUUUUCGGGGACCAAAGGCAAAGACAUCAGCACUAUCAAGUCACUGAGGGUUCUCCGAGUACUCAGGCCUCUCAAGACCAUCAAACGUCUGCCGAAGCUCAAGGCAGUGUUCGACUGUGUGGUCAACUCUUUGAAGAACGUGCUGAACAUCCUCAUCGUUUACAUCCUCUUCAUGUUCAUCUUUGCCGUCAUUGCAGUUCAGCUCUUCAAAGGAAAAUUCUUCUUCUGCACAGACGAGUCCAAGGGCCUGGAGAAGGACUGCAAAGGACAGUUCUUGGACUACGACAAAGACGAGGUAGCUGCCAUGACCCGAGAGUGGAAAAAAUAUGAUUUCCAUUAUGACAAUGUGCUGUGGGCCUUCCUGACGCUCUUCACUGUCUCCACUGGGGAGGGCUGGCCAACUGUACUGAAGCACUCUGUGGAUGCCACCUUUGAAGACCAGGGUCCCAGUCCAGGCUACCGGAUAGAAAUGUCCAUCUUCUAUGUGGUCUACUUUGUGGUCUUCCCUUUCUUCUUUGUCAACAUCUUCGUCGCUCUGAUCAUCAUUACCUUCCAGGAGCAGGGAGACAAGGCCCUGUCUGAGUGCAGCUUGGAGAAGAACGAGAGGGCAUGCAUAGACUUUGCCAUAAACGCCAAACCUCUGACACGCUACAUGCCAGAGAACACGCAGUCCUUCCAGUACAGGAUGUGGAAGUUUGUGGUCUCAGCUCCGUUUGAGUACUCCAUCAUGAUCAUGAUCGCUCUCAACACUGUGGUACUCAUGAUGAAGUUCCACGGAGCUCCAGAGUUCUAUGAAGCGAUGCUGAAGAACCUCAAUAUAGUCUUCACCACUCUCUUCUCUCUGGAGUGUAUCCUCAAGAUCAUUGCUUUUGGUCCUCUGAACUACCUGAAGGACGCCUGGAACGUGUUUGACUUUGUGACAGUGCUGGGCAGCAUCACUGACAUCCUGGUGACUGAAAUCAAUACUACGGACAGACUGCUGAACCUGAGCUUCCUGAGGCUGUUCAGAGCCGCUCGGCUCAUCAAGCUGCUGAGGCAGGGAUACACCAUCCGCAUCCUGCUGUGGACCUUCGUCCAGUCCUUCAAGGCCCUGCCUUAUGUUUGCCUGCUGAUUGCUAUGCUGUUCUUCAUCUAUGCCAUCAUUGGGAUGCAGGUGUUUGGAAACAUUGACCUGAAUGAGGACACAGCCAUCAAUCACCACAACAACUUCCGCACAUUCCUCCAGGCUCUCAUGCUGCUGUUCAGGAGUGCAACUGGUGAGGCCUGGCACGAGAUCAUGUUAUCAUGUCUGAGUCGCCGACCCUGUGACGAGCGAUCAGGGACCCAUGGGAAAGAGUGCGGCAGUGAUUUUGCCUACUUCUACUUUGUCUCCUUUAUCUUCCUGUGCUCCUUCCUGAUGCUGAACCUGUUUGUGGCUGUCAUCAUGGAUAACUUUGAGUACCUAACCAGAGAUUCCUCCAUCCUGGGACCUCAUCACCUCGAUGAGUUCAUCCGGGUUUGGGCCGAGUACGACCCAGCUGCGUGUGGCCGUAUCAAGUACCUCGAUAUGUAUCAGAUGCUGCUCCACAUGUCCCCACCAUUAGGUUUGGGAAAGAAAUGUCCGCCAAGAGUCGCCUACAAGCGUCUCGUCAAAAUGAACAUGCCCAUCGCUGAUGACAACACCGUCCACUUCACCUCCACCCUGAUGGCCCUGAUCCGCACCGCCCUGGAGAUCAAACUGGCCUCAGGUAUGGUAGCCCAGCGAUUAUCUGACGCUGAGUUAAAGAAGGAGUUGUCCACAGUGUGGCCCAACCUCUCACAAAAGACCAUGGACCUGUUGGUGACGCCACAUAAACCCAAUGAACUGACGGUAGGGAAGGUUUACGCAGCCCUGAUGAUCUUCGACUACUACAAGCAGAAUCGAGCGAGGAGGCUGCAGCUGCAGCAGCAGCAGCAGCAGAACGCGUCAGGCUCCCAGUGCAAGGUCGGGGCUCUGUUUAAGCCAUUGCUGCCUCUGACUCACAUGCAGGAGAAAGGCCUGCCUAUGAUGUUAAACAGUGUGGAGCCUCCCAGCAUGCUUCAGUCCCAGCCCAAAUCCAAUGCCAAGUCCCAGCCACAGACCAGACCUAGCUCCAACUCCCUCAACAAUGGAGGCACGCUGCCAGGUCAUGAUCACAACAUCAAGCCAUCACCUUCCUUGGUGAUGGAGAAACCCAAGGCUAAGAGAACCAUAUCCAGGGGCCCGUCAGAGGACACACCAGACACUGCCGUCAUUCAGGAGUCAGUGGAGAUGAGGAGGAUGGAGACCAGUGCCAGCAGUACGAUCCCAGUCCCUGGCACGGGUCUGGAGAACCAGGGCAGAGCUGCUUCUAUGCCUCGCCUUACUGCUGAGCUGCAGCGGGGCCACUCACGACACUCUCCAGGGAUCCAUCUACCUUCUGUCCCUGAUGCCAGUCCCAUGAGGCGCUCAGCCUCCACUGUGGCCCCACAGCGACCCCAGGAAGUCAACCUGAGGGACUACACCCUGGAGAAACCCAGCCAGGAGCGGCCCCACCACCAUCACCACCACCACCGCUGCCACCACCGCAGAGACAGGGAUAAAGACAGAGAGAAGAGGCAGAGGUCUUUGGAUACACCUCUAGGUGGACAACCUCCAGCCUCUGCUGGAGAGCCAGGGUCUGACCCAGCUGCCUCCAGAGAGCGAGCCCACGACCGCGGACGCUCCCACGAGAGGAAACACCACCACUCCUCAGCGGACAAGCAGCGCUACUACUCCUGCGACCGCUUCUGCAGCCGGGAACACUGCCACACCAAAUCUGCCACCGCUAGCUGCGCCGCCUCCCCCAGCGAGGGGCAGGAAACCAGCAACAAGCAGGGCAGUGGUUGGGUUAAAGGCAGCCCAGUGGCACUGAGUUCCAGUUCUAGCACGCCAAGCCGCGGACGUCGGCAGCUCCCCCAGACCCCCCUCACCCCACGGCCAGGGGUGGCCUACAAGACUGCCAAUUCUUCCCCCGUGCACUUUGUGUCCAGCCAGGCCUCUCUGAGUCCUGGCCGGCUGAGCCGCGGCCUGUCGGAGCACAACGCCCUCCGGCACAGCGGCUCCCGCCACUUCCCCUGCCCUGUCACUCGUAUCAGCUCCGAGCCCUUCUUGGGCCGGGGCCAUGGCGAUGCCCUGGGCAGCCCCUACGGCAGCCUCCGGGACCAGCUAGACGUCUUCCAGGAUGUGGCGUCACUGUCGCCCAGCCCCCGUGCCGGACGCUCAUCUUGGACCGCACUGCCUCGCAUGAUGGGAGCCCUGCUUCCGGCUCCACAGCAGAACCUUGGGGUGCCCAAUGGGUACCACUUCAGCUUCGGGGGCAACACCAGCCCAGGCUCUGGCGUCAGGGCACCCAGGUAUUACCAGGAGGCAGAGGAGGACGAAUGGUGCUAGCAUGGCUUUAAACCAACCUUUUUAAUGCAUUUUUGAGGAACUGUGAUGAGUUUUAUCAUCUUCUUUGAAGGCUUUAGUUUACAUUGUCACUGUGUGUGUUUAAUGCUGUAUUUUAAUCCAAACUUGGAGAGCUAAGUUUAGGGAGAACAUCUAAACAGGGAGAACACUUGAAGUGGGUAAUAUUUGAAUGUGAACAACAAAUUGUAAGGGCACAUAGCGUUAUGAAGUAGACUUUUUGCCAACAUCAGAUAUCUUACCGUAGCUAUCCUUGAUUUGCUUUGACCAGUGUUUUGUUGACACCACCAUAUCGACCCUCAAACUGCAUUACAUCAGAAACACAGACUAUACACGAGUAUAAAAAUAUUGAUUAGUGCUGCUUUAAAGUUAGAUUCUAACUAUCUGUUUACCAGGGAAAAUUACUUUUGCAAAGAUCUACAUGAUAAAACGAGUUUAACAGCGCUCCACUCUGUGUACCGUCAAAUCUCGAUGAGGCACAUAUGCAAAAUCAGUUUUUUUCAGACUCAAGAUGAGUUGUGCUCUCUUUAUCAGCCGCUCUUGCUUCUUCCACAUUAUUAUUACACCCAACAGGGCAACAUAAAGUCUAACAGACCGUUUAAUUUUUAAGCUGUACGUGAAGUCAGUUAUUGAAUCAAACAGUAGCUGAAAGUGCGUUUGAGAGUCAGUAUGGCAGUUUCAAAAGAAAGUGAUGGCACUGCACGUCAUGGAAGCAGGACAAAAAGCAGCUCAGUAGUUCAGUGAAAUGAUAGUUUAAAACGUUGGAAAACCUCAAAGACAUUAUGACACUGUACAAAUAGCUGUGAUGUUCUUUAGUUUAGGACUCUACCCUUCUAUGAUUAUGCCUAAUCCUUUAUGACAUUCCCUUUGUGUCAGUCGAACAGAUGAAGUGCUGUCACACAGGCAGCGGUGAUUGUUUACCUGUUAAAUGUUUCUUGCAAACUUGAAGAGAGAAGCAGCCCGUGGUAGUGAGAAGUACCUGACUGACUGAUUUGUUUUCUAUUAAAAUGUCCUUGUAUAUGUUUUCUUUGUCUUUUUUUUUUUUUUUUUGUAUGACGUUAAAAAAAAAAAAAAAGACCACAGUGUGUUUUACGUGAACUGCUUCUGGUUUGCCAUCGUUUCAGGUCUAAUGUUUCUUACAGACUUCUUUGCGAUGUUUUAAGACAAAGUGCCUAUCCUUUUAGAUAUACUGUAGAAAAAGAUGCAAUGUCAACUGUUUUCUAAUGCAUCCACACUUGGAGUAGGUGUUUGGUUCAUUCUGUAUGUAGCUCUGCUGGAAAACAUGUUGUACAGAAAGCCUUAUCUGCAAGGAGAGAAACGAUACCUACAGUACGCUUAAACGACAGGAAUCAAAAAAUGACCUUAUGAAAGUUGAUUAUUUUUCUUGUUUUUGAUAAACCAUGAAAAACGUUGUGGAAACGCUAUGAAAACUGCAUAAAUAUAUGUGUUCCAGCUACGUUAAUGCCAGUAACACAUUGUGCAUGUUUAGAUGGUAGACCUGGCCAGCUACCUGCUAUGACCACCGUGUAGAGUUUCUUUUCGAUUUAUUUAUUUAUUUGUUUUUUGAAAGGGUGUCCCAGUGUGAGCUCCCGUCUUAUUUGAGCUGCUGAGUGCAUUGGUCAGCUGAGGUCUGAUGGGACUGAGUGGUGGGGAGGUGUGACAGAGUCUGCAUUGUCUGAUUUGGGACCCAAAGUAGCAAAGGGUAAUGUAGUCUGACUCUUGAUGGGUAUUUGGGUCAAACCAGGCGCUGUGUAUGUGUGUGUGCAUGCAUGUGUGUUUGCACGUGCGUGUAUGUGGAUUCAAAUUAACAUUGGUAAGCAUCAGCUUUGGUGGAUACAUUUUACAUAUCUGGAUCCAGUUUGUUGUUUCGUGCUGUUUCUUCCUUUAAUUAUUUAUUUUUUUCAUACUCUCAUGUAUAACUGGCAAAAAAAAAAGAAAAAAAAACUGAUCCUGUAUCCUGUCAUGCCAAGAUAUUUCCAGCACUUACUGUACCAUGGAGUCUGACAGCAGGAAAUGUUACAGCAAUCUAACUCAUUCAUAUUAAAGAUCAGGCUUUGGUGUCAGAAUGAAAAAGUUUUCUUUCUCUAGAGCCGGUGAAGGAGCUGGAGUGACUAACAUCUCCACCCACAUCAACAGCAAACAAACCACAAUACAACUGCAUCAUUCACUGUCCCAGUUCCAUACCACAUACUAACUCUAAGCAGGUUUGUUGAAUGCACAGUGGAGUGUUCACACUGAAAAAAAAAAAAAAAGUAUACUCAAAGA